AGUGCAGUCAGUGCAGUGCUAGCAGUUGGGUCGUUGGAUCAGUGAUUGGCUCUCCGGUGCAGUCGUUAUUUUUUGAACCGAGCGUGGUUUGGCAGGCACUCGGCUGUGUGGUCGCUCUUGGAAGAUGGCUUCACAGAAUAUCGAUCCAUUGUCUGUGGGGAGUAAUUCUAAAAGCAGUGAUGAACAACGGAAGAUUGAUUCUGGACGACACUCAGUAGCCAAACGGCUGCAGCAAGAAUUGAUGACUUUGAUGAUGUCUGGAGACAAGAGCAUCUCUGCAUUUCCAGAUGGAGAUAACCUAUUCCGUUGGAUUGGUACAAUCCAGGGACCAACGGGAACAGUCUACGAGAACUUAAAGUACCGACUCACCCUUGAUUUUCCGAGCACCUACCCAUAUGCAUCUCCUCAGGUUCGCUUUGACACACCUUGCUUCCAUCCCAAUGUAGAUAGCCAGGGCAAUAUCUGCCUUGACAUUCUCAAAGAGAAGUGGACAGCACUUCUGGAUGUUCGCACCAUUCUCAUUUCCAUACAGUCACUUCUUGGAGAGCCAAACAUUGCAAGCCCAUUAAAUGGCUACGCAGCAGAGAUCUGGAACAACCAAGCCUUGUAUCAGAAAGUUUUGCUGGAGAAGUAUGAGAAGCAUGUAAAGAGCAGAGAGCUGAAAUAAUCUUCUGUGCAUGUGUGUAUGCGUGGGUAUAUAUAUAUGUAUUCUGAAGUGCUGAAAUCACGAAGCCUGUAUUCAUGAAUAGACUUAUUUUUCUGGCAGCAUUUGACAGUUUCUUUAUGCGGGCAUUUAACUGUUGCGGAGCAACAAAAUACUUUUGUGUAUUUUGCUUAGCUUGCAGACGUAAUUGAAACAGUUGUAGUGUCCUCAAGCAAGGUUUGUGCUCAACAGUGAUGGGGGCUGUGGGUGUGGUGCAAAAGAGUGGUCGUAAUACAUUCUAUUUCCAACAUAGUCAUUUGACCUAAUUUCAGUGCAUGUACAGUCUGUCACAAUGAUGAUGACCACAAUGGUACAGUGCUGGACAAAAGUUUGCGGAACACACCCCGGCGCAUUGCUUCCUCAGAGUGAGACGCUAGCAGCGAAUGGUACCAUAUGGACUUUUAAACAGGUGACUGGGUUACCUAGGCACAUGUCUGUCAGUUCGUACGGUCCCAUUCGCUGCUAGCAUGUCACUCUGAGGAAGGAAUGCACUGGAGCAUGUUCCGUAAACUUUUGUCCAGCACUGUACAUGCUGCAUGCUUUGGUGUCUGUUAUCGUUCUGAUUUCCUGUUGCACUAGUGCUACCCCAUAAUUCUUCAGGAAAAUGUAAAACAGACCCUGUGUGCAUGUGUGUGUGCUUGAUCUGCUGGAGAAGAGGAAACUCCCUUCAAAGCAGGUGAUAAGUGAGCAUUGUUUACAUGUAUACCUACAAAUAAAGCUUUAUUGAGAACACAUACAAUAGUGCA